UACGAGAGGAAGAAUCGAGAAGAUCACCAUGCAUGCACAUGCAAUAAAGCAAAAGGCAGCUAAAGCUAGCUGGUGAUCCUUUUUGAUCAGCCACUGAUGAAAUAAAGCUCAUAUGUUAGGGCAUCAAUUAGCUCUUCCAUGCACCUUUGUAAAAAGCUAGGGAGAGAAUAAUAGAUGUGUUCAAUUGGUGGUUAAGGAAUAUUGCACCUUAUAAGGCUUUAUUGGUUUUUCACAAGCCAUAAUUAAGAUUAUAACAUCGCGUUUUACUAAGAAAGUUUUUCUGAAAAAAAAGGGAGAAGAGAGAACGCGGUCUCGCUGUUGCCUUUACCAUCUGUCUAGCUAGCUCGGAGGAGAGGAUUGGAUCGAGAUGCCUGCAAUUAGUGAUGAUCAGGUCAAUAAGCAGCAUUCAAGCAGUACUACUAUUACUAGUACUACUCAUGAAGCCAGCCGGCCAAGUACUGAUUCUUCUUCGCAAAAUAUUAAGCGGCCAUCUCCUGUAGAGGCAUCGGCCUCCGGAGGGAAGCGAGCACUUCUUUGUGGGGUUACUUACCUCGGCGCCGGGGAGAAUAUAAUAAGUCGCCUCGAAGGACCUGUCAAUGAUGUGAAGGAAAUAAAAGAAAUGUUGAUUAAGCACUUCGGUUAUACUGAGGAGUGUAUUUGCGUCCUCACAGAUCAAGAAGACAACAAAAAUAAAUCAACUAUUCCAACGAAGGAGAAUAUAGAAAAAUCCUUAAAAUGGCUUGUGAAGGAUUCAAAGUCUGGAGACUCGUUGGUGUUCUUCUUUUCUGGACAUUGCGUACAAUGCGUAGUACGACAUGAUGAAGUACCUCAUGGUCAUUCCAAAAACAACAUGCUGAUCGUCAAUAGUACUAGGUCUACUGAAACGUCUCAUGAUCAUGUCUGUUUGGUUGAUUGUACGGGAAAAGGUAUGAUCCCAAAUAGCUACAUAAAUUCCACCAUUGUACGGCCGCUCAAGGAGGGUGUCACACUUUAUGCAAUUGUGGAUGCUUGUCAUAGUGGAAGCAUUCUUGAUUUAAAGUACGAAUACAACCAACAAAGUAUUAAGGCUGAGGAGCGUUGGAUAGAGAAGAAAUCUGAUGAUAAUCAAUCAAAAGCAGAUCAGAAAGCUACAAACGGAGGAUUGGCAAUUUGUCUGAGUGCUUGUAGAGAUGAUGUGAAUACUCGCGAAAGCAAUGCUAAUUCCAGCGGACAGGCUAAUCCCAUGGCCGAAACGUCCAUGGGAGCAAUGACCUAUCAGUUGAUCGAAAUGGUUAGAAAGGAGCCUGCAAAGUUAACAUACGAAGAUAUACUCAAACAAAUGCACGACUUACAUGUACGCAGGAAUACUAAAAAAGCACCCUUGGAACAGAUCAGUACUGGGCGUGGUGGCAUCGUACAUGCUCAUCAGGAAAGCCAAGAAAUAAAGGAACCUGUGCUAUCAUCGUCUCUUGAAUUCCAGGUUUCCUCAAAGAAAUUCUUGCUGUAGGCCGGAGUAUAUAUAAUAUGCCUUCGAUCAGUACCGCAACGAGCGUCAAAGCAUAUAUAGUUGCGGUGGUGUAGGCGGAGCAUACAAAAGUCCUGUGAAUUAAGUCAUGAUUGGGGUUUGGAUUUGCCUAAUUUAUGUUAUCUUUAUGCACACCGAACGAUAAAAUAUUUCUCAUUUCUUUCUUAUUUGUUUCCUUUCUAAUUAAUUAUUUGGACUUAUCCUA